UUUUCGGUUUAAAUUGUUUAAACGAUAUACUGCGUCUCGAACAGAAAACAGUGAGAUCUAAUAUCGAAUCAUUGCAAACUGAAAGAACGCGAUCGAACAGUUCAUCAUUAGAUAUAAUAAGAACUUGUUUCGCUUUCUGCUGCUCCUUUCACUUUUUUGUCUUUAAAUUUGUAAAUAUAAACAAACAACUAUAGCUUUUUAAACCUAUUUUUUUAAUAUUAUGUCGGAAAGAUCGCGAAGACAAAUUAAGAAGAGUCAAGAUCUACUUCGCAUUAUUCAUAUUGAGAAAGAACGCUCACACUUGCGUUUGGUUAGAAAAAUUAUGAAAAAGCCAUUAUCAAGUAGGACAAAUGAAGAAAUUAAACUUUUAGAAGAGGCUCCUGAUCUAGUGCAAAGAAUUCAAAAUAAUAAAGAAAAACAUGUAAAUUUGAAAGAAAGAAUCAAAGAGGUUAUUGAUGAUCCUGAAGUUCUAUCUGCUAAAUGUCUUCAACUGGCCCAAGCAUUGAAGGAAUCAGCUUAUACUGUAGUGUACACUGGAGCUGGAAUAAGUACAUCAGCAGAGAUUCCUGAUUACAGAGGCCCUGAUGGAGUGUGGACUUUAUUGCAAAAAGGACAAGAAAUAAAGCUGAAAGAUCUGAGUCAAUCUGAACCAACUUUCACCCAUAUGGCAUUGAAACAACUCCACAAGGAAGGACUUUUAUCACACAUAGUUUCCCAGAAUUGUGAUGGCCUGCAUCUCCGAAGUGGUCUACCCCGAAAUGUUCUAUCUGAAUUACAUGGAAAUAUGUUUAUUGAGGUAUGCCCUAAUUGCAAGCCACUCAAACAAUAUAUCCGUCUAUUUGACGUGACGGAGCGCACAGCCUUACAUCGUCACAAAACCGGUCGAUUCUGUAACAAAUGUAAAUCAGAGUUGGUUGAUACGAUUGUACAUUUCGGAGAGAAGGGUAAACUUCAGUGGCCCAUGAAUUGGAAAGGUGCUGUCAAAGCAGUUGAUAAAGCUGAAGUAAUCCUGUGUCUUGGAAGUAGUCUAAAAGUUUUAAGAAGAUAUCCUCAACUAUGGAGAAAUAAUCAGUCACUGGAUAAACGCCCUAAAUUGUACAUUGUCAAUUUGCAGUGGACACCAAAAGAUUCUCAGGCAGUGUUAAAAAUAAAUGGUAAAUGUGAUGAAGUAAUGCAGUUAGUACUGUCAUCCUUAAACAUAAAUGCCCCCAAGUACAAAAAACAAGAAGACCCUAUUUUUAACUUAGCUACACCACUGCUGCCUCAUGAAUAUUCAUCUUGCUCAAGGUUGCAUCUGAUUAGAGAAGAAGAAAACUGUUCAAAGCAAAAUUCUGUUUUAAACACUGUUAAGAAAGAAGAAACAGAUAAAGAAAAGGCCCUCAUUUGCAUGAAUCACAACCUGGUGCCUUGUAUCAAACUACAGGACGUAACCUCUGCUUCGACUCUCUUACAGUUAAAUGCACAGAAAAUUGACUCAAGGACUUAUUUUAUAAAAAAUUUUGAUAAAAAUAAUAUUUCCGGGGGCUGGUAUGGGAAAGGCUGUGCUAAACUCAAAAAACGAAAGCCUAGUUUAUCUUGCAAGCGUAGAAAAAUUGUUGAUUCCAGUCCUGCAUCUUGAUUUUAAGUCUUGAUUUGAAAACUAAAUCACCUAAUAAACUGUCUUUUUAAUGCCAUUGUUGAAUCUCAUAGCUAGUGUGAUAAUAAGUACAAAACUUUUAAUUGUGAUUUUUUUUUUGGAGUAUUAAUAGUAUAGACUGCUGUGAUAAAGUAUGAAAGGUUGUGAACUAUACUCCAACAGCUAGAGACUUUAAGCUACAUACAGCAAAUACAGCAAUUUUUUUUUAGAAAAUCUAAAGGAAUAAUUUAAUUUAAUUCAUUAUUUAAAUAAAUAAUCCUUUUUUUUCUAUUUUAAUGUAUUUUAACCCAUUCAUUUUAUUUAGUUUGUAAUUUGAGAUAUUAAUGCAAAUGGUGAAACUCUUGUAAUUUUAAACAAUAUAAAAAUGUCAGCGCUAUGCUAUUUUGUAUGUGUGAUUAUGUGCAUAUUUUAAUGUGUAAAAAAAAAGCUUUUUUGCUUUUAAGUUUUAUUUUAUGCCUAAAUAUUUCAUUUAACUGUAUCAAAUACUUUGUUAUGUUUUAAUGUGUAAAAAAAUAAGCUUUUUUGCUUUUAAGUUUUAUUUUAUCCCUAAAUAUUUCAUUUAACUGUAUCAAAUACUUUGUUGAAAAUUUUUGAAUAAAGAAAAUUAUUUGUGUAGAAGCUAUUCCUAUUACUAUACUUACUAAAAAUUGUAAUGUCUUAUAUUCGUUUAGAUUGAUUGAAAAAAAAAUUUAAGUUUGAAACAGCUUGUAUCUUUAGUUUCUAAAACACAACUGAAAAUAAUCCAAGCUAGACACAGUCUGGAUUUUUUUUUUCGUUAUCUUAUUAUUUUUCAGACUUUGCUUUAAAGUAUAAUUUUAUCCUAAAAUCUCCCACUAAACCAGAAAAUCACAGAAAAAAAUCAUUAUAUGGUAAACUUUAUUACAUUCUUUGUGUUUAAGAUAGUUAUUAUUUAGUUUUGUUGCUUGGAAAUUGUUUUCAUUUUAAUAAUUUUAGUACUUUAUAUUAAUUUGAAUUGAUUAUGAAAAAAUAUAAAUUUUGAAACCCUUGUCUUUUUAACUCCUUAACUGCCUCAGUUAUUCAGAAUAAUUAGAACCAGGUCCAAUCUAUAUAUUUGAAUUUUGAGUGUUGAUUACCAAGCACUUCACCUCUCUCUAUGUUUUGUUUAUUAUUUUUAUUUCACUCAUAAUAGUUCUACUCAAUAUCAUUUUAGUUCUCACCUUCUUUUGUCUACUCUUGAUAUUCAAUUCAUCACCAUUCAUGUUAUCUGAUCUCUAAUUCUAUUGGUUUUUGUCUACUGAUUUUAAAUAAUUCAGUGUUAAAUGUUUUGUGAAUCUAUUUUUUGUAAUGAGUUCUUCUGAUAAAUUUGUUUAUAAAAACCUAUCACUUAUCCAUUCCCAUUUAUUUAAAUUGUUUAUAAAAAAAUUUUAACUUCAAAACUAAUGUAACUUUAGCUAUCAAAGGACUGCAAGUUCUCAGAAUAAUUAGAACCCGGUGCAAUACAGAUACCUAAAUCUUAAAUGUCUGGGAUAGAUUAAUGGCAAAAAAUGUACGUAUUUAUUAACUUAAUAAUUAGAAAAAUAUAAAAAGAUAUAUAUUUUAUUCGUUUAAAUAUUUAAUUGAUUGAUCAAAAAAAUAUCAAUUUUAAACUCUCGUAGCUUUAGCUACUAAGAGCACCAGCUAUUCAGAAUAAUCAGAACCAGGUCCAAUAUAGAUGCUUGAAUCUUAAACGUUCAAAAUAAAUGUAUAAUUGACAAAAAAAUUCAAUUAAAAAAAUUUUAAUAUGCAUUCAUUUAAGGAAUAUAUAGACUAUUACAUUUAUUUGUUUUUGUUUUCAUUUUAGUAUUUUAUUUUUUUGAAUUGAUUGAUUGAAAAAAUUUUAAAACUCCUGUAACUUUAGCUCUGAACACCAACUAUUCAUAAUAAUUACAACCAAAUCAAAUUUAGAUAAUUGAAUCUGAAAUAUUCAAAAUGAUUAUAUAAUUGACAAAAAAAGUAUAUUAAAAACAGAAAAAGGUAUUUAUUUUUAAUAUGUAUUAAUUUAAUUAUUGAAACUGUCCUAUGCUCUCUGUUGCUUUUAGGUUUGCUGGUAACCAUCUUUCAUUUCUAACUUAUGAAUGUCAUUCUUUGAUUUGAAAUUCCAUAGCUGCUUGUUACUUGCUAAUAUUUUGAGCAAAUGAUUUGGAUUCAUUAUUUGAAUAACUCUUUGUUAAAACAUUACUGAAAUCUACUAUGCUUUCAGUUGCUUUUAGGUUUGCUGGUAAGCACCUUUCAUUUUUAACUUAUGAAUAUCAUUCUUUGCUUUAAAAUUUCAUAGCUGAAUGUUACUUACGUAUAUUUUGGGAAAAUGAUUGGAAAAUCAUUCAUUAAUUGAAAAAUUCUUUGUUAAAACAUUCUUCUGAAAUAUCAUGUCAAAAGUAUUGUAGCACCAAAAAUAUACUGAUAAAACAUCUUUUUUAGUUCA